CCGCCAGCGGCCACGGCCGCGCGAGUCAAGGCCAGGACGCGAGCGGCUCUCUCUCGAAGACCGGACUAAGCCGCGAGCCGCCACGGCAGGACUGGAACCCGAGACGUGCGGGCGUCGACAGCCCAGCCCCGGGCGCCCCAGCUCGCCGCGCUCCCGGCCACAAGUUUGUCCCGCGCCCGCCAAGUCGCGGGUACGGAGCUUCUCCCCGGCUCCGGGAAGAGUGUCCCUGCUCCUGGCUGGGGUUCGUCCGGACAUGGGCUGGCCGGCGGCGUCUCCCCACGUCUGGGGAUGGCUGCUGCUCAGCGGCUGCCUCCUCGCCAGAGCCCAGCUGGAUUCUGAUGGCACCAUCACUAUAGAAGAACAGAUUGUCCUUGUGCUGAAAGCUAAAGUACAGUGUGAACUCAACAUCACAGCUCAGCUCCAGGAAGGAGAGGGAAAUUGUUUCCCAGAAUGGGAUGGACUCAUUUGCUGGCCCAGAGGAACAGUGGGGAAAAUAUCGGCUGUCCCGUGCCCUCCGUAUAUUUAUGACUUCAAUCAUAAAGGAGUUGCUUUCCGACACUGUAACCCCAAUGGAACAUGGGAUUUUAUGCACAGUUUAAAUAAAACAUGGGCUAAUUAUUCAGACUGCCUUCGCUUUCUGCAGCCAGAUAUCAACAUAGGAAAGCAAGAAUUCUUUGAACGCCUCUAUGUCAUGUACACUAUUGGAUAUUCCAUCUCCUUUGGUUCCCUGGCUGUGGCUAUUCUCAUCAUUGGUUACUUCAGACGAUUACAUUGCACUAGGAACUAUAUCCACCUGCACUUAUUUGUAUCUUUCAUACUGAGAGCUGCAAGCAUCUUUGUCAAGGACCGAGUGGUCCACGCUCACCUAGGGGUAAAGGAGCUGCAGUCCCUGAUAAUGCAGGACGACCUACAAAAUUUCAUAGAAAAAGCGCCUUCUAUGGACAGAUCACAAUAUGUUGGGUGCAAGAUCGCUGUUGUGAUGUUUAUUUACUUCUUGGCUACAAACUACUAUUGGAUCUUGGUGGAAGGUCUCUACCUGCAUAGUCUAAUCUUUGUGGCUUUCUUUUCUGACACCAAUUACCUGUGGGGCUUCACCUUGAUAGGCUGGGGGUUCCCAGCAGCAUUUGUUGCAGCCUGGGCCAUGGCACGGGCAACUCUCGCUGAUGCAAGAUGCUGGGAACUUAGUGCUGGAAACAUGAAGUGGAUUUAUCAAGCCCCAAUCUUAGCAGCUAUUGGGCUGAAUUUUAUCCUGUUUCUGAAUACAGUUAGAGUUCUGGCUACUAAAAUUUGGGAGACCAAUGCAGUUGGGCAUGACACAAGAAAGCAAUACAGGAAACUCGCCAAAUCCACGCUGGUUCUGGUGCUGGUGUUCGGAGUACAUUACAUCGUGUUCGUGUGCCUGCCCCACUCCUUUGCGGGGCUCGGAUGGGAGAUCCGGAUGCACUGUGAGCUCUUCUUCAACUCCUUUCAGGGUUUCUUUGUGUCUAUCAUCUACUGCUACUGCAACGGAGAGGUUCAGUCUGAGGUGAAGAAGAUGUGGAGUCGGUGGAAUCUCUCGGUCGACUGGAAAAGGACGCCCCCAUGCGGCGGCCACAGAUACGGUUCCGUGCUCACCACCGCAACUCACAGCACCAGCAGUCAGUCUCAGCCGGCGGCCAGCACUCGCAUGGUUCUCAUCUCUGGCAAAGCGACCAAGACCGCCAGCCGACAGCCCGACAGCCACGUGACUUUACCCGGCUACGUCCGGAGUAACUCAGAGCAGGACUGCCUGCCGCACUUGAUCCAUGAAGAGACCAAGGAAGGUACCGGAAGGCAGGGAGAUGAGAUUCCAAUGGAGGAGUCUUCCAGGCCUUUGGAAUGUAACCCGGACGCUGAAGGAAGCAAAGGAGAAAUGGAGGAUAUUCUUUGAAUGGACAUCUGUGGCUUUAAAGAGCUGAUCUAUCUGGUUGUCCAAGAACUGAUGGUCCAAGAGUUUAGUCAUCAUUCCUCUGCUUGAUCCCCAGAGCUGAACGUUCAGGAUUGAAGUGUUACUUUACAAAAAUUUUCAGGCUCCAUGAAUCGACUCCUGUAAAUACUAAAGCUAAAAGGAGAAGUGUCAGUGGCAUAGUUUAUUACCUUAUUUUGGCAUCAAAAUUUCUUCUAAAUUGAUGUACGUUACUUGCUCUGUGAUUGUUCAUUUUUCUGCUGCUUUUGGGUGGAAAAUGUUUCAAUUGCUUGUCUUUAGAUUUUUCACAUAAACACCACUCCAAGUAUGAUAGAGAUCAUAUGUGUCAUUUUCGUUUUAAGAAAUUAGUAUUCUCUUUCUCACUUUAAUGUACUUCUAUCACUGCAUUCAUUUUGUCUGUGUGUGGGAACAAUUAGGGUCUGAAAAUCUAUGUUGAAAGAUCAAAGCAAGUGCUCAACUGAAAAGUAAGUCAGUUGGUCUUUGAUAAUACAUUUGUGACAAUUAAACUUCUUUCUUUCUAGGAACAAGGAAAAGUCCUCAAUAUUGCACAUAUUCCUUCUUUUGAAUGUCCCUUCUGUGACCAGCCAAAUCUGAGGUCUUCCCUCCUUUGUAAAAACUGACCUGUCACAAGGUUUUCUUUCAGUGAGCUUGUGUUUGCAAACUAAUUUUGUUUGUAAUCAUUUAUAUUGAUGGUAAAUCACACUG